CUUCGCAGCCGGUUGUGCAGUAACCUCGCCAGCAAAGCUUGUCCCAUUGGGGGCGUGGUUUUACGAAGGCGAUUUAACCGAACUCCGUUGUAUAUCCAAGUGAAUUCGACACUAGACCAAGGCGUUUGCACAGUUGGACAGAAUGAAAAACAAGGUUAAACAGCGACGAACACGUCAGGUUUGCUUUUUAACGUAGUUCCUUUGGAAGAAUGUAUUGUUUCCUGCCACUCUAGGCGGUUCCAUGUUUUAGCCUGUCAAGUCAGUGGAAUUAACCAGUUUCCGCAGUCAUAAUGACUUUAGAUGUUUGUAAAUAGAAAAGUUUCAGAACUUUACGGUUAUUAUUGCUCGGUAGAUAACAUGACCCCAUUUGCCUGACCACACAAGAUCUGUGGGACAUGGAGGACCCCUGGAGUACGGUACAUGUGCUGUUCCAGGUGUGGUUGACAGUGUUGGUAUUCGUUAUCAUGGUGCCUGCCAUGUUCGGCUUCUCCCUAGGAGUGACAGGAGUUUACAUCAAGAUCUUGGUCAAGACUCUGGAGUGGGCUACUCUUAGAAUCCAGAGGGGAUGCAAGGAACAGCCCAGUCUACCAGUACCACUACCCAACGGUCUCCUCCGUCGGGACGGGGGCUCCAUGGAGCAGGAGAUGGCGGCGAAGGGAGAGUUCGCUCUGAGCGACGCCUUCUACUUCUACCGGAAGGGCAUGGAGAGCAUCGUGGAGGACCAGGUGACUCAGCGCUUCUCCUCCGAGGAGCUGGCUUCCUGGAACCUCCUGACGCGCACCAACCACAACUUCCGCCACAUCAGCCUCCGCCUCACCGUCAUCUGGGGCCUGGGCGUGUUCAUACGCUACUCUGUUCUCCUUCCUCUCAGGGUAACCCUGGCGCUCAUUGGCUUGAGCACACUGGUGAUUGGCACGACUAUUGUUGGGUUUCUUCCGAAAAGCAGUGUGAAGAACUGGCUGAGUGAGUUGGUCCAUCUGAUGUGCUACAGGAUCUGUGCCAGAGGCCUUUCCGCUACAAUUCACUACCAUAACAAAGAGAAUCGACCGAAAAAAGGAGGGAUUUGCGUAGCCAACCACACCUCGCCUAUUGACAUUGUCAUUCUGGCCAAUGACGGCUGCUAUGCCAUGGUGGGUCAGAUUCACGGAGGUCUGAUGGGGGUCCUCCAGAGGUCCAUGGUGAGGUCAUGUCCCCACGUUUGGUUCGAGAGGUCGGAGAUGAGAGACCGCCACGCUGUUGCCAGAAGACUCAGAGAUCACGUUGCAGCUAGGACCAAGCUUCCUAUCCUCAUCUUCCCAGAAGGAACCUGCAUCAACAACACUUCUCUCAUGAUGUUCAAGAAGGGAAGCUUUGAAAUCGGAGGGACAAUUUAUCCAGUGGCAAUCAAGUACGAUCCUCGUUUCGGAGACGCCUUCUGGAACAGUGCCAAGUAUAACAUGGUCAGCUACCUGCUCCGGAUGAUGACCAGCUGGGCCAUCGUGGUCAACGUUUGGUACCUUCCCCCCAUGAUCUUACAGGAGGGCGAGGACGCGACCCAGUUUGCCAACAGAGUGAAGUCUGCCAUCGCUCAUCAGGGAGGGCUGCUGGAUAUGUCAUGGGACGGAGGUCUGAAGCGGGGGAAGGUGAAGGACACUUUUAAGGAGCAACAACAGAAGAUGUACAGCAGUAUGAUCGUGGGCGAGGAAGGUAGCGACACACCAGGAACAGACGGUCUUUCAGAUGCGAGCGCACACGAGCAAUGACAUCAGGGCAGCCUGAGACGAUCUCUGUCUGUGGACAUGCUCUAUAGUGGACAGAUCGCUUUCACAAACUGACUGGCUUCAUUGAUGCCAUGCUAUCUGAAACGUAUCGCCAGUCUGUGUUGGUGGAGAGGAUUCUGAAUGCUUGAAAUGCAUGAAAGGUCUCAGUUGAAGUGUUUCAGCAUCUCGUGGUUACCGUUUUUUCCCGAUUGCAGAAGCACAAUUUAGAAAACAGUCCUCACUUUGUCAAAACACAACACACGAUUCACACAACUAGACACACAAGUAGCAGAAAACCUCCAAUCUUUUGCAAAAUGAAACACUUCGUUCAAAACUAUACAAUCAUGUAUAAAAACCCAAUUCUGUCACCGUAUGCCACAUACAUGGUUUAAUAACAUUGGACUCUGUUUGAACCAGUUACACACUGUUGUGCACAAUUUAAAACACUUUUACAGUAACUAUUCUUUUCUAAUGAUAUAACCUGCUUGAUUUUGGGAAGAACUGGGAGAGGGAGAGGUAUACCUGGAGGCCGUGGAAGACACGGGCCAAAUUUACAGUAUCUAAUGAAAUUUGAACAACAUUGGUUGACCAUAUUGUGAACCAUGGCGCAACAUUGAGAGAGGCUGGACAGAGAGUUCAGCCCAACCUCAGCAGAUAUGUGGGAGUCAGGUGGCUGAGCGGUUAGAGAAUCGGGCUAGUAAUCAGAAGGUUGCUGGUUCGAUUCCCAGCCGUGUCAAAUGACGUGUCCUUGGGCAAGACACUUCACCCUACUUGCAUCGGGGAGAUGUCCGACUUACUGUAAGUCGCUCUGGAUAAGAGCGUCUGCUAAAUGACUAAAUGUAAAUGUAGAUAUACUGUUGCAACAGUAAUUUUGACAUUUCGACGAGCAUAGGUGACAUUUACCUUUCUCUACUGUCUAUAGUACAGUACAGUAAAAUGUAGCCUACUAUAUGCACUACAUCAGUACUUUUUUAUACCCAUUCACCGCAGUCCAUGAUUGAAACAAUGUACUGUAUUUAAUUUGUUGGAUACUUUCAUUUGACCACAAUUGUAUUUGCUGUGUUUGCAGUAUGUAGCCUACUAUACAGUAUUCAAUUUGAAAUAUGUUGUGAUUUUCUGCACAAAAUGCAACCUUUAUGUAGACAAUGUGGAGAAAUACAGUAAAUAUUUUCAUCAGUGUGCAGUACUGGUCUUGUGUGUUGUGUUUGGUUAACAUACUCAUGUACUUUACAUACUCUACUGUAACAAUAUCUCCGACAAAAUCAAGCAGGUUAUAGCAUUAGAAAAGAAUAGUUUGUGUAAAAGUGUUUUAAAUUGUGCACAACAAUGUGUAACUGGUUCAAACAGAGUCCAAUUUUAUGAACCAUGAGUGUGUCAUACAGUGACAGAAAUGUUUUUUUUUAUACAUGAUUGUAUAGUUUUGAACAAAGUGUUUCAUUUUGGAAAAGAUUGGAGGUGUUCUGCUAUUUGUGUCUGGUUGUUUGAAUCGUGUGUUCAAAAUUGUGCUUAACCCUUGUGUUAUCUUCGGGUCGUUCUGACCCAUCAGUCAUUGUGACCCACCGUCGUAUUGCGACAACUUUACCGCAUACAAAAACAAAGUGAAGCAUUUUCUUUUAACCGUUGGGCUGUCUCAGACCCCCCACAUUGCGAAGGUUAAAAGAAAAUUAUUUUAAUUUGUUUUUGUAUUGGGUAAAAUUGGGUAAACACAACGAUGGUUCGUUAUGAACCUUUGGGUCAUGUGACCCGAAGGCAGCACGAGGGUUAAGCAAUCGGAAAAAAACGGUGACAUCAUCUUAUAUUUCUGUGUCUAAUGUAGAAAAGUGUGUAGUGAUUUGAAAAACACUGUGUGUAGUAUUUUGCAAAUAGUGUGAGGCUGAGAAUGUACUUAUAGUUGUGCAGAUCUGGGCUGCUGUUUUGCUCCUUGAGUGUCAGGUUUCACUAACUGUGUGUUAUUUGACAUUUUUGUGUCUAAGCAAUCGGGAAAAAACUGUAAGUGUAUAUUUUCCCUUUGGAAGCUAUAAUUAUGAUGUUAUGAUAAUAUUGGUUUUUAACUGUAGCGUUAGCCAACUUGUUUACGUUUAUCCCGAGGUUUUACUGGAUAUUUUUAGUCAAUGUGUUGUUCUGCACCAUGUCACAUAAUGCUCUUAAAGGUUCCUCUUAUGUUUGCUGAUGCUUUGGUCAAAGUCCAGAAACAAAGCACACAAACUCUCAACCUGAAUGCGUUCUUUAUUCUAAGGUUUUAUUGUCGAUUCACCUGUGUCUUACGUGUUAUCUUGUGCGCUGUGCCAAGGUGUAGGAUCUGAAAUGUGACACUAGGAGGCAGUAUAUGCCAAGUAAACCAACGGUGACUACAUACCCCUUGUUCGACUCGUCCACUUAUCUGGUGGAUGUAUUCUGCGUCACUGUUCAGAAGAUAUCAACGCAUCAUUCAUCAUCCAAAAGUUCUGAUGCAAAUAAAUCUAAAAGCACUGCAUUCUU